UCGACCCCUCUCUUCUCUCUCUCUCUAUCUAUCCGACACACACGCACAUAGGCAGGUUUACAUUAUGGUGCUUCACAAGGGAUGCCCUUUUAGCUGUAUGGCAUAUUUUGCUUUACUUUUGUGCAUAAGAUUUUCCAAGAUCCAAGUCUUACCUUUUGUGUUUCUCAAUUUCGCUAGUUUUCUCGGUACCAUUGCGUGAUUGGCGUGCAAUUUAGGGUUUGUGGCUUCGGUUUUUGUUCAUUGCUGGCUGCCCUUUUUAAUCUAAAUUGGGUACCCCUUCAAGAGUUGAACAUUACCGCCCUAAUUUUUGUGAUCUGAUUUGCAAUUUGAUUCUUCUAUAUCGUGUAGGUAGAGAAUUUUGUGGUUUGCUUGUUUAAAUUGUUCGUUGUUAGAAUUGAAAUGUACAGAAUUUUGAUUUGCUGAGAUGGGGUUGGGGAUUUUGCCUUCACUUUUACUAGUUUAUCUGGAUGGAUCUUUAUACUUGUUCUGAUCCGUUAGUGACGUCUUCAGACUGCUGCUGACAUUUUCUGGUAGUAUUACUUGGAUGGGGAAGGGUUCCAAGAGCGGUGCAUCACACCAGCUCUUCAAGGACAAGGCGAAGAAUCGGGUGGAUGAUCUGCAGGGGGUCUUUAGUGAUCUCCAAUCAGCUAGGAAGGAGAGCCGUUCGGUUGAUGUGGCCAUGCUUGAAGAGCAAGUUAGCCAGAUACUUCGUGAGUGGAAAUCCGAGCUUAGUGAGUCAUCCCCAGCUUCUUCUCUCCAGCAGGGGGGAAGCCUGGGUAUUUCAACGGAUAUUUACCGGCUGCUGCAGCUUUGUGAGGAGGAAGAUGAUGCUACCAGUGUGUUAGCUGCACCGAAACCGGAUCCUGAUGCACAGAAGGCUGUGGAUCAAUAUACUUCUCAAGAGAAUUUUGAUGUCCCCAAUGGCCCUGAAGAACAAGGCUUCCAGUUGGAGGAGCAAUGCAAAAAUACUGCCGUGGGAGUUAACAUGGAAAUGAAUAAUAUGAAUGUUCCUUCACAGCUAGAAUAUCAUUCAUUUGAUUUUCACCAGGAUUUCGAACAACAGUAUAUAAUAGGCUUUGAUGGCACCGGGUUCACCGGGGAGGGUGUUAUGCCUCAGAUUCCUGGGUAUCUGCCAAAUAUCAGCCCCCCACCUUCUGCUUUCUUAGGGCCAAAGUGUGCCCUUUGGGAUUGCACCAGACCAGCAUUGGGGUUAGAAUGGUGUCAAAAGUCUGAUGACUAUUGCAGUAUCUAUCAUGCUGGGCUUGCACCUAGUGAAGGCUAUCCUGGUAGUCCUCCUGUUGUACGACCGAGAGGCAUUGGCUUAAAGGACAAUCUACUUUUUGCUGCUCUUGGUUCAAAGGCACAAGGAAAAGAUGUAGGUAUUCCUGAAUGUGAGGGUGCUGCUACAGCAAAAUCACCUUGGAAUGCACCUGAGCUCUUUGAUCUCACUGUCCUGGAUGGCGAAACAAUCAGGGAGUGGCUGUUUUUUGAUAAGCCGCGCAGAGCCUUUGAGAGUGGUAACAGGAAGCAACGGUCACUUCCAGAUUACAAUGGGAGGGGUUGGCAUGAGUCCCGGAAACAAGUGAUCAAUGAAUUUGGAGGGUUGAAGAAAUCGUACUACAUGGAUCCUCAGCCGAUGGAGAAUUUUGAGUGGCACCUUUAUGAAUAUGAGAUCAACAAGUAUAACGCGUUUGCGUUAUACAGACUGGAAGUCAAGCGUGCUGAUGCCAAGAAGAGUCCGAAAGGGAAGUUGGGCAACGAUUCUCUUGCUGAUCUGCAAAAGCAGAUGGGAAGGCUGAGUGCUGAGGUCCCAAAUGAGAAGCAACGUGUUGUCAAAGGAAGGGGGAAGGGCACUGCAAAGGAGGGAAGUGCAAGAAUUCACUCUGGUUCGAACUCGUUGGCGGCUACACCAGGUGCAGGGAUUGAUUAUCUUGUGGAAGAUAUCAAUGGGUACUACAUACAUGAUGAUGGUUCUGGGAAAAAAGAAUAGGCUUUAUAUCCAAAGUAUAUAUAAUUGCUCUUUGUUCACUCUGGCCUCCACUCUCCAGGCAAAGUGGUGAAGUUGUUUUCACCUUAUAUUUUUUUUUUCCUGAAUGGUCAAGUUAUGUUGAUAGGGAUUACUGAUGACACAUACAAAUGAGUUGGUUCAUUUUGUCUUUGUUAUGGUGAAAAUACUAAUUGCACUUCUUGUGCAACUUUGUAGGGAGAAUUUGUUCAAGCCUGACAACCUGUAACUACCCAACCUCUUUCCACCUUUCCAAUGCAUUUUCUUCAAUAUAUGUUCACAUGGUUUAAAAGA